AUGGCGCCAGCUACGGAGCUCCAGCCAGCGGCAGAAGCAGAGCAGUGGGCAGUGGUGGAGGUAGAGCUGAAUCCAGCUCCGUUGACACCACCCCCUCUAGCACUGGAGCCAGUGUCCCCUCCAUCAGCAGUGUUGGAGCUGGAGCAAGGGCCAACAUGGGCUCCAGCAGGAGUGGGAGCUGCUGAGCUGGAGUCACCUGGACCAUCAUUUCUAGUGAGAAGUCCAUCUCCACCUGUGGCUCUUAAGGAGCGUGAGAAGCUUAAUCUCACGGCCUUCCCUCCUAAGCUGGUGGUGGAGCAGUUGACCGUGAUGGAUGCGGAGUGCGAGAUCCUGAAGAACUUCUCCUCGCCCUGCACUGUCAUCUCUGCUCUGCAGGAAACCUCCACAAGCCACCUGAAGAACACACGGGGGAAGUUUCCCGCUGGGUAUGCCUCUCUCCAUAGGAGGACCAGGGUGGAUGGGGGAUCUCCCGUAUGUCUGCCAUUGGCCCCUCAGUCAGCUGGGAACUCCUGGGAGGCAGCAAAUGCUGGGGACAGGGCCUGGGCCUCGGCAGGGGGUCUCUAAGCCU